AUGGAUGAUACUCUAGUCAUAUAUCCAGCAGGCUUUCAUAAGUGUGCUAUUAUUACAAGAGAAAAGUCAAAGUUACUUCCAAGGAUUCGAACAUUACUGAGAAUUAUCAUGUAUGGCUCUCUCACAUAUGAAGAGUAUUUUUAACAGCAGGGGUGAAGGGCGAAAAGCCUGCAUUACACAUUUACGACAUGAUGACUCAAAAGAAAGAGAUAUAUUUCUAUCGUGAUGCUCAAGUCAAGGAACUGAGAUCUGUUGCAUUCGGACCUAUGGUCGAAAUAAUUCUCAUCGCCAAGACAAAUAAACUUUUUCGAUUGAAGUCAUGCAGACUAUUCAUUAAGGAUUUGCAAUUGCCGAGCCAAUUCUACAAUUUACAUAGAUAGCAAAUAAUAUAAAAUAUCUAUGUGCUUCAUGUAAAUCAAUUUCUGAAACAAAGGAUUCUGCUUUAUGUCCAUCAGUAAAGAUAAAAUAAUAGUAAUGGGCGUUAAGCUAUAAAUAGGAGACUGAAUAGUUUUCGGAAGAAAAGCAACAAUUUGAAUUAGUCUCUUUGCCAUUUCGCUUCUUUCUCCAGUAAACACUUGAAUUCAAAUUGA